AGUGCUUUGGACUCUCGCUCCCAAAGAACCCGGAAUUUGCAAUCCCUAAUGUUCCAGAUUUCACACUUCCGAAAGAACCUGGAUUCCCAUUUGCAAAUACUCCUGGAAUCAACAGCAUGGAUAUUCCCGAAGUAUCAGCUCCACGCAUUCCUGAAUUCUUGGUUCCAAAUGUCCCUGACUUCAGAUCUCCAAUCAUCCCUGAAUUCAUGGUUUCACAUGGACCUGAAUUCGGUGUACGAAAUAUGCCUGAAACCAUGGUCCCAGCUGUACCCAACUUCGCUGUUCCAAAUGUCCCUGAUUUUAAUGGUCCGUCUGUUCCUAACUUUGCCGUUCCAAAUAUCCCCGAUUUUGCCAAUUUCGUUGUUCCAAAUGCCCACGAUUUUACUAGAGAAGUUUUUUCAAACUUCGCUGUUCCAAAUGCCCCCGAUUUUACUGGUGAAGCUGCACCUAACUUCGCUGUUCCAAAUGCCCCCGAUUUUAAUGGUCCACCUGUUCCUAACUUUGUCGGGGAAGAAAGCAAGCCACUGGAGCAGCUACUCCUUGAUCUUGAGCUUCAAAAGACCCACAAUGCCCCAAGGUCACCUCUGGUUGUCCCAUUCACCUUGAACUCUUUCGAUACCAACAGCGAGGCAGUUCCCAUUAACCCCUUCGUGAAUAACAACAACCAGUUGCCCCCAACUGCCAUUAACCCAUUUAUGAUCAAGAGCCAAUCACGAAAUCCUUUUAUGACCAAUAAUCAAUCACCGGAUCUUUUCAUGGCCAAUAAUCAAUCACCCCAAAUCCUCGACACCUUCGCACCUCCAAUCAACCCAUUCGUUUUCCUAAAAAUGCAAGGUUUCUCACCCGUUUACGGAGGACCCCAAAUCUUUAACAGUAUGCCGUUUCAACUCCAAGCUGCCAACGGAUACGAAACGGAUCAUAGUGAACCCCAGCUAAGUAAUGGACCAGUUCACGGUAACGACAUCGUAAAUCCUCAUGCUUCUGAAGCUUCUGACGCCCGGGGCCUUCAUCAUGCGGUGACGGGUCGGGUGAUCGACGUCUCAAACCAGGAAAUGUUUAACGAGGAAACAGAGAAAUUCCAAGACUACAACCCAGUUCCAGUUACAUCGCCAUUUACACAAAUGGACGUGGUACAAGGCCCUCACGAUCGUUUGGACUUUGACGGUUCUUAUAAUGCACUUGAUCAGCCUGUCCCUUUCUUUUAUUAAUACGAAGGUUUACAAAGAG